CAGUAUCAUUGCUCUUCACCGCCUACAUUCACACUCGUGUCACUAACGUCUUCACGACUUUCAUUUCCAGAGUCGAGAAUGGCGAAACUGGACGAGACAUACCGCCAAUACCUGGCUAUUUCCAUACAAAAGGAACUCUGCAAUCUACUAUCCCUAGAAGCAGAGGUAUAUCUGCCUGGUUCGGAACGCUUCGAAGAUUCGCAGUUCCGGUUUACCGAAUAUGGUCGUCCGACAUUCAUUGCGGCUGUAUAUCCCAAAACAUAUCUUGAUGUGGCCAAUAGCAUCCGCUACGCACACACACGCGGGAUCCCGUGCACUGCGAAAGGCGGCGGUCACUGCGUCUCUAGCUCGAUGCAGACGCUUCAAGAUGGUAUAGUAAUCGACUUGCAGCCACUCAAGGAAAUGAACUACGACGAGAAAAAUCAGGAAGUCACAGCGGGUGGUGGGGUUCUGAGCGGCGAAUUCCUAGACUAUAUUCAUGGCUUCAACAUGGAGACGAACGUCGGCUCGUGCCCCACGACUGGCUUGAUGGGUGUCGCCAUUGGAGGGGGCAUUGGUCGUCUUCAAGGCAAGUAUGGGUACCUAAGCGAUAACAUAACUUCAUGUAAGAUUGCUUUGGCAGAUGGUAGCAUAGUUGAAGCGUCAGCAACAAACAAUCCCGAUCUCUUCUGGGGCGUUUGCGGUGCUGGCCAUAACUUUGGUAUCGUAGUAGAGGCAACCUUCAAAGUUUAUCCCCAACAACAUGGCGGCCUUCACCAUAACUGGGAUUUCGAGUUCCAAGUAGGCCAGGCUAGGGCUGUGUUUGAGGUUCUGAACCGCUGGGUCGGCAAGAUGGUUCCAAAUCUGGCAGUCUUUGUUCUAUGGAAACGUGUUGCUGCUUCUGGAGCCAAGAACGUUAUCUUGGUAAAUGCCGUAUGGUCUGGCCCACUUGACGAGGCCGAUGAAUACAUCUCGCAGCUCCACGCCAUCUCCCCCAUUGUUCCUUCCGCAGUUCAGACAGUAGAAUGGCCUGAACUAUCUUGGAUAGCUCUACAAGGCAUUAACAGGACGUAUCUUGGUAGUCCCGAGUCCUGGAACCUCUAUCCCUAUAAGCUUUUCGCUGCCGCCAGCGCCAAAACGUUCGACAUUGACACUAUGUGCGAUAUUUUCCAGGCUCUGGAGAGUAUGACAGCCGACGACAACCUGCGCGCACUGGCAAUGUUUGAAGUCUUUUCCCAUCACCGCGCGCAGGAGAUCCCGGAUGACGCGACAGCUUUUCCAUGGAGACAUGGCUCAGACAUCUUCCAAAUGUUGCAAGUCUCCAUCAAAGAUCCUAAAAAAAGUGACGCCUGUGCCGAGUGGCUUAACCAAUGGAAACGUACGAUGAUCGCAAAGUCAGGAUACCCGCGCCUGCAGCAGUACGCAAACUACGGUCACGGAACAAACCAGAAGGAUCCUGUGGAAGCACUCUAUGGAUAUGAUAAGUGGCGGAUGAAGAGACUUCGGGGACUGAAGGCAAAAUACGACGAGAAAAAUUGGUUCCGCUGGUAUCAACCUAUCAUUGAUCCCACCGACAAGCAUGGCUAG